CAAGUUCUAAAGUUUUAUGGCCAAGGCGUCCACAACUUUGAAACACUGAUGAAAACAACGUCCAAAGAACUGUGUCAUCGCCUGACUCAGUAUGAAGGAGACAUACCUAUAUCGAUAGAGCUUGCUCGAUACAUUCGGUGGGUAGUCGCGCUUCUACUCAAAGGACCGGAGACGUGUGAAAAAGAUUUAGAUGCUAUGCUUGAGUAUAUCGAUAGAACAAAUGAGUGUUUCAUUUUUGAAAAGGAAGUAGUCUUAGAAACAGUUCCUUUUGCGCCUCACAUCCCUGGACUAGGCCUGAAGAAGCUUGUGGGUGAUCUAAAAGUCGCCCAAGAAGUGAUGAGACAGAGAUUUUUUCUGGCUAUUCGAGAAACCUACCAGAAAGGGGAAAGAACUGGUAUAGUUACUGACAUGUUAGACCAACAGGCAGAGCUAAAGGAGAAAGGAAACGCCUCCGAAAUGCCUGAUGAAUUAAUCAUUGGUUUAGUCCAGGACAUCGCUGCUGCUGCCUAUGCCACAACGGUAGCGACAUUGAAAACAUUGUUUUUGCAGUUAGUGGUGGACCAAAAGCUUCAGGACCGCAUACAUGCAGAGAUCUGUGAAGUGAUAGGAGAUGAAAGCCCCAGCUUUGACCACAAACGCCACAUGCAUUACACAGAAGCAGCUAUCCUGGAGACCUUGAGAUAUUCCUCAGUCGUACCUCUUCUGCUACCUCACUACGCCAAUGGGGACAUUCAUUUUGAGGGACAUUUCAUUCCUAAAGGUACUUUUCUUAUCCUGAACGCCUUUUACUUCCACCAUAGAGAUGACGCCUUUGAAGACCCCUGGAAGUUCAAACCAGAGAGGUUCCUGGACUCUGAAGGUCAACUCCUCGACCCAGAACAUCCCACACGACAGAAGCUUAUUCCUUUUGGAACUGGGAAAAGAUCUUGUCCUGGUGAAAGUUUUGCAAGGAUUCGCGUCUUUUUCAUCGUGGUCACUUUGCUUCAGAAGUAUCGGUUUUUGCCCCCCGUUGAUGACCCGCUCCCGUCUGUGCAUCCACGGGACUGGAAAAUACAGGCAGUGAUUUCUCCAGACGAAUACAAGUGCCGAAUGGAACCCAGACUCAAAGGAGAGGCCAAAACUUGUCAGACGUAAAGAGAAUUGAGCUCAAGCAUUCGGAAAUAACCAUAGA